AUGGCUCUAAUGUCUAGCAACCAGUCCUACUCAUGCGGUUGGCACCCAACCUCUGAUUUAUUCUGGCUUUACAAAAACGCGGUGUAUGAGUCAUUGAUCAUUGGAUCAACAAAAUGCUCAUUUGUUGAGAUUUGGCCAACCCACAGCUACGGCAUAUACAUCACAAACGACAGUAAGUUAAACAACACCAACCCUGAACUACAAAACCACCACACCUCAAAUCCCAAUUUUUUCCAGUUUGUGAAUGCCAGGCUUGUGCGGAAACGGAAAACGCUUUUUCCGAUUUUCCGACUUUUUGGGAAAAUUUCGGAAAAAAUACGAGUCGGAAUGCGACGAUUUCAUUGGAUGUUUUUCGUCAGUCCAGUUCCUACUUGGCCACGUCACAUCUGCCACAUCAAUCGUCGAAUUGUUGA